AUGGGUCCCACUCUCAGCGACAGAGACAGUCAUGAGCAGCAGCCGUCGAAGCCUAAACGAAAAUAUUCACCUCAGGCUUGUGUUGAAUGCCAGCGUCGCAAGCGGAAGUGCUCAGGUGGCAGAUUUUGUGACAGCUGUCGAUUCUCAGACCUAGAGUGUGUGUAUUCACAGUCGCGAUCGUCCAAACGACGGGCACUACUGCAACAGUCUCCCGUUCAUGGCAUUGAGUCGUCGUCCAACGAGUCUCAUUCUGCUCCCACUCACUCUGCGGGCGAGAACUUGACCCUGCCUGCAUGGCCGGCGGUGUCACAGCUCUUCCACGACGACUCGACACUCAACAGCUUGAGGCAGGACUUUGAGGCGCUGAGGAACGAGGUCGCUCGACUGAGAUCGCAGCCUCAAAACACCUCGAAUCUUGUGCCUCUCUCACCAACAGCACCAGCUACGGAUACGGCAAUAUCAUCAGCAGAAUCGCUGCUGGCAGACAAAGCCCCAAUUACUGUGGAGAUCUCGACCACUGUCCCUCUUGUCUCGACUCCCUGCCCUCCUCACUCCGCAGCCAGCGACCGCCACAGGGACACAAGACGGGCGGACAUUCUUCAAAAAUCGAUCUCGACCGACAUUGGAGCGGGAACUUCUUUCUUCCGCCAGCUUGAUCUUCUCGACAAUUCUGUGAACGGCAGCGAUGUCCCGCACGAGGAAGCCCCAUCAUCGUCCGCAAACGAGACAGAGGGCCAGGAUGCCGACCCUGAGGUUCUAUCAAGCGGUUUGUGGCGUGAGGCCGAACGGGUGGUUGAGGAAACUCGAGCCCAGGAUUUUGACAACAUCUGCCGCAGCGUCGACAUUUUCUUCCGGCACCUCCGGCCGCAUUGGCCCUUUAUCAACGAGGCCAAUUUUCGCACGCGACUUGCCGCCCUGUGGGCCAAUGAUAACGCCCACCUCAAGGGGACCAUGAUGGUGAAUUUCGCGGCCCUGUUGAAUUUCGUGGUCGCGGCCACCCAGCUCCUGUACGAUUCAAGUGAGAGGACUACCGACGUACCGGGAUGGACGUACUUCUUCCGAGGGGACAGAUUGUUGACCUACGCAACGUGGCUGGAGAAGUCCAAUACCACGACCCUACAGAUACUCCUGGUCAAGAUCCUGUACUGCUUCUUUGCCGGGCACUUUGACGCAGCCUAUGCGUCCGUCGGCGUCGCAGGGCAGCUGUGUGUGCAGCUGGGUCUACACAACGAGCCUUCGUGGGGCCCACACUGCACGUUCUACGCUAGGGCCUACCGCCAGCGCUUGUUCUGGUCACUUGUCUGUCUCAGUCCCAUCAUUUCGCAGCAUGCGGGAUGCCCGGACCCUUUGCGUGACCUGGACAUUCAAGUCGAAUACCCUCUGUGCGUGGACGACAGGAUGCUCUAUCCGGACUGUCUCCCGCUGCAGGAACUGCCACGAGCAUCUCCCGUGCCAUAUCUGCUUGAAGUCAUCAAAUGGGCGAGGCUCUCUUCCGAGGCUUGGGAUACCGUGCUCGGUCCAGGCGCCAAAACUCCCUUCGACGCACAGGCUAUCACGUCGAUCGACAACAAGGUCAAGGCCCUAUCGGCAGAGGCUCCGCAAUUCCUACAGUGGACCUGGAUUACCACCUCUCAAGACAAGGAUCAUAUCCCUUCCUUCCGUUGGCACCAAGCCCUGAUCAUGUACCUGCGUGAACGCUCUCUGCGGAUCCUCCUGCGACGGAACGACAUGCUCAACGGGCGUUUCGACGCCCGCACGGCACAGACGUGCAUCGAAAUUGCGGUCGAUGUGGUGAGUGCGCUAGAACUGUCGCUCAAAUCGUCCUUCUCCAAGAGAACGGCGCCGUAUACAUCGGUGCUCCAUCUCACAGGCGCCAUUGUCCCAAUGAUAUGCAUCAUCAUCCGGCCCGACAUUGACGAGGUACUUGCCCGACCAGCGAUCGACGUGUUCAAGCGGUCGCUCAGCAUCAUCAGGGAAUACGCACCGGCACAGUCAUUUGCGCGGCUGACCCUCAAGCAUCUCAACCGGCCCAUCCGCGCCGCCUCGCAGACGAUCAAAUCCCGCUGGCCGCAACAUGCAGACGCGUGCGUCUUGACGCCAGAGACCAUCACCGAGAUGGGAUCGACGACGGCGAUGACGACCGAAGAAAGGGCCGCGAAUGGUCUGUCUCAUCUGCAUCACCCCCACCAGAACCACCAGUUAUCGUCGUGGGGCAUGCUGGGACAAAUGAUGAUGUUGCCUAAACCCGCGACGGCGACUAUUAGUAUGGAUCCCGGCCUGCCGCUGAUGGCAGAGGAGUUUAUGGUCGGGGACGAAUAUUUUACUGCCACCAAUCAAGAUCCAUUUGGAGGCUGGCAUGCAGGGCACAUGGUGCUGUGA